UUCCUUACAGAUUACGCGCCACUGAACGCGCCCAUUCACUAAGACUGUGUAAGUCAAUACGCAAACCAAUCUUCCCUAGUGUGAAGCCAACAUCUCUCUGAAAAGGUCUGACAGACGAAACAAAAUGUCAAAAGUCGACGAAACCAGAAAAUUUUGGUCCGAUAAGUUUGACGAGUUUGAUUCUUCUGGAAAUGGUCAGUUGACGAUAGUGGAACUCAGGGAUGCUCUUAAAGGAAUGGGCGCCAACCUCUCCGACGCCGAAAUCGCUAGUAUGUUCAGUGAUAUUGACGCAGAUGAAAGCAAAAGCAUCUCUAAGGACGAGUUCAUUAGACAGAUGACAAAGAAAAACAGACAGGAUGCCUUCAAGGAAUUUUUUGCUGAAAAUGACACUGAUGGUUCAGGAUCGUUGACUGCCGAUGAGAUCCGAAAGUUUGCCGACAAAGACUCUGGAGCAUCAGUAGAAGAUAUCCUUAAACAAUGUGACGUCAAUUCCGACGGCAAAAUCACCUUAGACGAAUUUCUGGCUAGAAUUGAUGGGUAGAUUUCCGGUUUUCUAUCCCUGCAGCCCAUUCUUUCUUUUCUCUGAAGAACAGACCGGAAGAGACCUGUGACAUGCUCCUUAACUGAAGCGAACCAUACAUGCAUAUUCAUGUAUACUAGCACCAUAUUAUCCUGCUUUCUACUUACAACAAACUCACUUCAGGCAGUGUAUUAUGACCCCAAACCUCUGCCGAUGUACCUAUGUCAAGUACAACUGUGUCUGUAACUACAUGUAUAUAUUUACUAAAUAAUUAUAUUUAACCAAAAUUUAAUCCUUAAACUUUUUUUGAAAUUAUCAAUUUUCACUAAAAGCUAAGUCUGCCGAUUAUUCAAAACACAACAGAGACUUUUACAGAUACAUUUAACAACCAUUGUCUCAAAGUAGGAAAUAACUGAUCACCAGAACGUACAAGUAAAGGGAGAAAUUGUCUUGAGUGCACUGUAUACAAUAUUUUGUAGUCUUUUCUAACAAAAGCAUUCUGUUUGUAAAUUUCAAAUGUUUAAUAAAUUAUAAAGUUUC